AUUAAGUAAACUUUCACUGCGGGCGGUUCAGAAACUUUUAAAAAAACGAGUUUAGUUUUCUUGCGUUUACUUUUAUUUUAUGAAAUUUUUUUUUAUUGAAAAUAUAAAAAUAAAAGCAGAAUUGCAAACAAGUGCGUUGAAAAAUAAAAAAAAUUGAAAACUUGAAUUUAUUAUUGAAAGAAUCAAAAAGAAGUUUUUGGAAAAAAAAUAUAUAUAUGUAUAACUAAAACUAAAUAUAUAACUAAAAUUUUUUACCAAUUAAAAAAAAUAAUCUACAAAAAUAAAUUCAACUAAUAAAAGUAGGAACAAUAUAUACCUACAUACAUACAUAUAUACAUAUACAAGUAAAUGCACGUAUCUUACUUUAAAAUAAAGAAAAUAUUUAAAGUGAACAAAAGGAUAAUUUUGCAUGUGUUAUACAAGAGAAUUGAAAUAGAGCUAUACAUAUGUAUAUAAAUAAACCUACACACAUAUGUAUAUGUACAUAAGAAAAAAUUAGUUAGAAGUAUUAAAGGUAAAAAAACUUAUGUACCUACUAGCCUUUAUUAAAGUAACCAAAAAAAAACUUUCAAAUUAUGCGCUUUUUUGUUAUAAAAAAUGAAAUUAAAGAGAAAAAAUAAAAAAAUGGAAGUCAAAUUGAUCAAUUCACUAAAAGAAGAAUAGUUUGCGUUUUUUACAGUCAUAAAAAAAAUAUUGUUAUAGGAACAUAUUUAGUAACAUUUCUUUUAAUGUAUAUGACGAAAUGUUUGUGGAAAUUAAAAAUGGAAAAUCAAAAGCAACAAUUGCGAAAAUCGGAAGUAACUUUCUGUGUUGUGUGAAAUUAUAAAAAAAAGUCAAGAUUAUUGGAAAACUUAUUUUUAAGUAAAAAAAAAUUACAUAUGGAUUUACGUAAAAUAUAUGUAUAAGUUUUUUUACAUACAUAUGUAUGUAUAUUGUAUACGCUGAUUAAUGGAUCCAAUUUGCAUUUUUAAUAGAAUGCGCUCAGGUGAAAAUUUUAAAUGUAAAAAAUUGAGUCAUUCGAACAACAAUAUAGAAAAAGCCAAUAUUAAAGAUAAACAUAAAAACAAAGAAAAAUAAAUAUAGAAUAAAGGAAAGAUAUUUUAUAAUUUGCGGUAUGGGUUAGUCUUGCCAUUAUAAUAUUCAAAAUAUUAAAUGUUUAUUACAAAUCAUAGAGUAAUACAGAUUCUUCAACUCCUAAAUAUAAUUGUAAAUAGAAUUCAGAACUCACAAUAAGUAUUCAACAUGGAAACGAACAGCUAUUGCUUUAGUUGAUUAUUCUAGGAAUGCUUGAAAAAGAAUUAUAAUGAAAUAUAAAUAAACAAGAAAAGGAAAAUAAAUCAAUUAUAAUGAAAACUACAGCAAGUAAUCUAAAUAGAUCAUUAAAAAUGAACAAAACAAAAAACAAAAAUAUAAAAAUUUAAUAUGGUUAUAUUUUUUUUUAAACUGCAUACAUGAAGUAACCUAGUGCAUGAGUAAAAAAUAAUAAUAAAUAUAAAAUCAGAAUCAGAAGAAAGAAAUAUACAUUCUUCGAUUGUUAAAAAUUAAGAUGAAUUAAGUACAUAUAAAAGCUUUUACAUGUAUUAUAUAUUAUAUAAAAUUUAUAAGACGAAAAUAAUCAAAAGUUACAUAAAUAGUUCAAAUAAUACUGGAAGCCACAUAAGUAGGUAAAAACAAAAGGGAAAGUCUUCGAAUGUGAAAUCCCCGUUAUAUUUGUUGAGUAAAACAUUAUAUUAUGUUGAAACAAAAAAAUUAUUUAUAAUGAAAAUUUUGUAUAUAUCAAAAUAGGAUCAGAAGAGCAUAAUGAAAAGAAUAAUAAAAGUAAAUUAUGAUAGCAUCUAAAUCUGUUGUUUAAAGUAAAAAAAAUAUGACACAGUUAAAUCUUUUUAAAUUAACUUUUUAAUUUAUUUAAAAACAAAGUUAAAUAAAUUAGACAAAGUAAAAAAACCUAAAAAUCCUUAAAAAUAAUGAUUUUUAAUUUAUAAAUAAAAUUAAAUUAAAAAAACCAACAAAAUAAAACAAAAUUUAAAAGUAAAGCAAGAAAAUAUAUAUUAUAUCUUAAAUUUUAUCGAAUCAAAUUUAUAAAACAAAAAUCUUGUUUAUCUUUAAUUAUCUUAUUAGCGAUCUUCAAAAGAUAAGAAAAGGUCAAAAGCAUCUUUUAUCAACAGCCCACCUAAAUUUUAAUUAAAUUUCAAUUAAAUUGAAUUUGCUAUGUUUUAAAUCUAUUUGUUUUUUAAGCCCGCAAAAAGUAGUAAAAACAUACUUCUUUCUACAUUAUCUUAAUAAAUAAUAAAAUCUCGUAUAUAACGUAUGUACAUAAUUUACGAAAUACAUAAGAAGGUAUCACGAACAUCUGAUACCUUCUGAUAAAAAACAGCAACACCAAACAUAAAAAACGAAUUUCCGUUAUAUUGCAUACGUUGGCGUUAAAUUGGUUUAGACUGAUAGAAGAAUAGAAAAAAAAGACGAAAUUUGUAGUCGAUCGAUUUCUUCAAAAGGGUCGUAGUCAUCAUCAAGAAAUAUAAAUCAAGAGAAUCAAACAAUAAUAAAAAUCAAGAGAACAAGAAUAAACAAUAAAAAUCAGUUAAAAGACGAAUUCAUCUAUACUCAUAUUAAUAUGAAAAAAUAAUAAAACUACUCUUUUCAAAAGAAGAUUCUGAGAAUAACCUAAACGAAAAAAAAACUUCUCAUCAAUAAAAUCUUACGUGUGCUUAUACAUAUUGUUAAAUACAAAUUUUUAUUAUUACUUGGAGUUUUUACUUUGUUUUGAUGCCCUUUUGAUUUCCUUCUUUCUUCUGUUGAAGCAUAAUAAUUCAUACUUGUUAUAUAGUCAUAUAUGUACACAUAAUACAAAUAUUACAAAAAAUAUAAAGAAUAUUUCGAAAUAUACAAGAGCAAACAAAAAUAAAAAAAACAUAAAGACUGGCGUAUAGAUAAAUGAAAUAUGUAGGCAUUUUUAACUUUAUUGAAAAGGCUCAAACUAACACAAAAAGGAAAAACUGAAACAAAACUGAAUAAUAAGAGUUUGUAAACUAACAGAGGAAAGGAAUUAAAAGGAUACAUCUAACAAAAAAAACAAAGUCGUGCAUUAUAAAAAGUAGAAAAAAAAUCGGAAGCAUGUAAAAGGAUAUUCAAGUUUUUAUAUACGAGUUUUUUUAUUUCGAUUUUUCAAUGUUUUUAUAUGCUGGAAUUAUGUUGACUGCUCAUCUAAUAUGGAAAGAACAUUAAAGAAAGAACAUAAUUCACAACAAAAAAUUCUUUUGUUGAAUUGGUGAUGACCGCUAAACGUCGUGGUGAUCAGUUAAGGGACUGCUCUGUAAAAUUACCUUUGGAUAUUCUAUGGUUACCCAAAUCUGCAAUGAGGCCUGUAGGGCCAGAUACAGCUCAUUCCGACUGUAUAUUAGUCGUUGGUGUUUCCCGUCCUAAAUUGGCAGCAGUAUUUUUGACUGUUAUGCUGAUAUCAUUGUUUUUAACAUUUCAUGUAUUAUAUGAUAGUGCUGUAUAUAAUAUACAAGCAGCUCAAGCUGUAUCCGAACAACAUCGUUUGUCAUUAAUAACAAAUCGUUUACCAGAAGUUGUUAACCCAGGUGAUAUGAGUCCAAUUAAUCAUCCAAUGGUGUUUCCAAAUCGCGUACAUUUUCCAAAAACAAGUAGAAGAUUACCUCAAGCACUCAUUGUUGGCGUAAGAAAAUGCGGUACAAGGGCACUUUUAGAAAUGCUUUAUCUACAUCCGCGAAUACAAAAAGCUGGCGGUGAAGUACAUUUUUUUGACCGGGAUGAAAAUUAUAUGAAAGGGUUGGAAUGGUAUCGUAAAAAGAUGCCCCAUUCAUUUCGAGGACAAAUAACAAUUGAAAAAAGUCCAAGCUAUUUUGUAUCACCAGAGGUACCAGAACGUGUACGAGCAAUGAAUGCAAGUAUUAAACUUCUGUUAAUAGUUCGAGAACCUGUUACAAGAGCUAUAUCCGAUUAUACGCAGCUGCGAAGUCAUGCGACAACAGCAUCUGUUCCACUAGCGGAAAUACCUAUUAGACAACAAAUGCAACAACAGGAACAUACCGUAUUAUCAUCAUUAUCAUUUCAAUACUCACCAACAAACAACGAUUUAGGUGACAUAGAUAUAAGCAGCAAUAACGUAAAUGGAAAUAUACAUAAUGGUAGCGAUACUAAUGACAAUAGUGGUAGUAGCAGUAAUGGAAACAGCAAUAGCAUACGAAAUAAUUACAUUCCUGUUACAAGUUACACGGCAAAUGGAUUCAACGGUGGUACCUACAUAUCCAUACCCAGUUCAACCACAUCAUCUUCAACAUCAACAUCAGGUAUAUCAAAAACAUUUGAAGAGUUAGCUAUAUUUCCAAAUGGUACAGUAAAUGAAUCGUAUCGGCCGUUAACUAUAUCAAUGUACCAUUUACAUCUACACAGAUGGCUAGAAGUCUUCCCUAGAGAACAGCUGUUGGUUGUCAAUGGUGAUUUAUUGAUUGACGAUCCAGUAUCACAACUUAAACGAAUUGAAUCAUUUUUAGGUAUCGAACAUCGGAUUAGCAGUAAGAAUUUUUAUUUUAAUGAAACAAAAGGAUUUUAUUGUUUACGUUAUGAUAGUGGCGAUAGAUGUUUGCGUGAAACCAAAGGACGAAAGCAUCCUCAUGUCAAUCCUUUAAUAGUCUCGAAAUUAAGAAAAUUUUUUGCUGAAUACAAUCAAAAGUUUUAUGAGUUAGUAGGUGAAGAUUUAGGAUGGCCAGAAGAAUAGGAACUAAUAUAGUAAUAAUAAAACAUUGACAUAUACUCUACAUAUCAAUUUAUAUAAUAUUAUAUAUAAGUAUUUAUCCCACAUGUAUACUUAAUAUGUGUGUAGAUAUAAAAAAAUGCGAAACUGGUGAUAUUAUACUAUUACACUUAUUAAAAAAAGUUACAUUAGAAAAUAUUGCGUCGGCAUGUAUAGUUAUGUAGAUAAAUAUACAUACACAUAUAUUUCUAAUAUAAUAUAAUAUGUAUUAUUAUUCAAUUUCUUUUACACUUUUAAUUGAAAUUAAAUUAAAAAAAAUAUAUAAAGAAAUUUGAAUGCAAAUCAACAUAAGUAUGUAAAAAAUAAGAUGAAUUUAAAAAAAUCGUAUACCGUCGUUAUGCUAUGUUAUAUAUUGUAAAAAAUAACUGUAAGCUAAAAACUGAAUGGUAAUUAUUAUAAUAUAAAAAAAACAACAAAAUUAAAUCCGAAAUAUAAAUAAUGAUGAAUGAGGAGUAGAAAAUAUGAAACGUAGGUGCGUUAAUAUAAAAUUAUAAUUUUUUAUCUUUCAUAUUCAUAAAUGUCAAACUGCAUGUGUCAUUGUGUGUAUGUAAUAUAAUAUACAUAGGUCAGCGUACUAAUAUGUUUUAAUACGUAAUCAUAUUGUUAAUUUAACUAAUUAUGAUACAAUACAAAAAAAAUUGAAAGUAGGUAAAAAAAUUAAUAAACAGAUAGAGGUAAAAAUUUUAUUUAUUAUACAAAUUUGGUUUACGUAAGAAGAUGCAUAUAUACUUAUAUUAUACGUUUUGAAAUACAAUUUAAUAUGUAUUUAUAAUUCAAGAACAAUUUAUUAAUUACGUUAUGAAUAAAGUAUAUGGACAUUUUACAUUAUUUUUUUUGCUUUAUUAUUGAAAUAAAGAAAA